CAGAAGGAGGAUAAUUGACAUGAUGGGAAGGACUCUCUGACCACUGUGAAACUUACACUUAGACGUACGUGGGUUUUAAUAGUGGUAAACUUUAACUGUGACGAGGCUGAGGGAUGUGUUGACCUUGGUGACAGACUGUGUGGAGGUAGUCCGGGUGUGACAGCUAACGUAGCUAAUGCUAACUAACGGGUGAGGGUGUGACCUUAUGUAGCUGGAAGCUCGUCCCGAGACCAUGUUGGCACGUCUGUUCAGGCUCCACGGCCUGCUGGUGGCCUCCCACCCGUGGGAGGUCAUCGUGGGGACCCUGGCCCUCACCGUCUGCCUGGUGUCCAUGAACAGCCUCGCAAGCAGCGGCCAGAUGUGCAGGUGGAACGAGUGUCCCAAAGCCGAGGAGAAAAUCCACAGCAGCGACAUCAUCAUCCUGACGAUCACCCGCUGCAUGGCCAUCGUUUAUAUCUAUUUCCAGUUCAAGAAUCUCCGACAACUGGGAUCCAAAUAUAUACUGGGUAUCGCAGGGUUAUUUACAGUGUUUUCCAGCUUCGUUUUCAGCACAGUCGUUAUACACUUCUUUGGGAAGGAGCUGACGGGCCUGAAUGAAGCGCUGCCGUUCUUCCUGCUGCUCAUCGACCUGUCCAAAGCUUGUGCGUUGGCUAAAUUCGCCCUGAGCUCAAACUCUCAGGAGGAGGUGAGGGAGAACAUCUCUCAAGGCAUGGCCAUCCUAGGACCCACGUUCACCCUCGACGCCCUCGUCGAGUGUCUGGUUAUAGGAAUCGGCACCAUGUCAGGUGUGCCCCAGUUAGAGAUCAUGUGUUGUUUUGGCUGCAUGUCUGUUCUGGCCAAUUACUUUGUCUUCAUGACGUUCUUCCCCGCGUGUGUGUCCCUGGUCCUGGAGUUGUCGAGGGAAAGUCGAGAAGGUCGUCCAAUUUGGCAGCUGAGCCACUUUGCUCGCGUCCUGGCUGAGGAGGAGGACAACAAACCCAACCCCGUGACCCAAAGGGUCAAAAUCAUCAUGUCUCUGGGCCUGGCCUUAGUUCACGCUCACACUCGACUAACGGCCGAGGACUCGGGUCAGAACCGCACCGUGGAGGGACCGGUAGAAAAGAGACUGGACCCUGUCAGCACCAUGUGGCCUCUGAAACUCAACAGCAUGGACCUGGAGCAGGUGAUAACCCUGGGCCUCGCUCUGCUCCUGGCCGUGAAGUACGUCUUCUUCGAGCAGGCCGAGGCCGAGUCCUCCCUGUCCCUGAAGAGCCCCAUUAUCAGCUCCUCCCCGACCCAGAAGCCCCCGGCGGCGGGGGACUGCUGCAGGAGAGACCUCCCGGCCCCCAAACCCCAGAGGGCCGCCAACGGCGUCAUGGCAACCGGCCCUACCCCCUCAGCCAUGUCAGACGCGAAGCCUCCCCCCGAGGCCGCCCCGGAGUCCAAAGAGCAGGCAACGGGAGUGGAUAACAGCCCCUUCGGUCCGUGCUCCGAGGAGACCCCCGCUCAGACCCCCGCUCAGACCCCCGGGCCCCCUCCGAGCUCCGCCCCAGAGCUCCGACCGCUGGAGGAAUGUUUGACCGUCCUCUCAGACCCUCAGCGCGGACCCCGUUUCCUUAGCGACGCCGAGGUCAUCAGCCUGGUGAGCUCGCGCCACAUCCCCAGCUACAAACUGGAGGCGGUCCUCGACACUCCGGAGAGGGGCGUGGCCAUCAGGAGGGAGACCCUAUCGCCCAAGCUCCCCGAGGCCGCCGCCUUGUCCCGCCUGCCUUAUAAGGACUACGACUACUCAAAGGUGAUGGGCGCCUGCUGCGAGAACGUCAUCGGGUACAUGCCGGUGCCGGUGGGCGUGGCCGGCCCCCUCCCGUUGGACGGGAGGCAGUUCUACGUUCCCAUGGCGACCACAGAGGGCUGCCUGGUGGCCAGCACCAACAGAGGAUGCAGGGCGCUGUCUCUGAGCGGCGGCUGCAGCAGCAGGGUUUUAGCUGACGGCAUGACCAGGGGCCCCGUGGUGAGGAUGCCCUCGGCGUGCCAGGCGGCGGAGGUCAAAGUCUGGCUGGAGACCCCGGACGGAUUCAGCUGGAUAAAAGACGCCUUCGACCAGACCAGCAGGUUUGCCCGUCUGGAGAAGCUGCUGGUGCGCGUCGCUGGGAGAAACCUGUACAUCCGCUUCCAGUCUCAGACCGGAGACGCCAUGGGCAUGAACAUGCUGUCCAAGGGCACCGAACAGGCUCUGCACAGGCUCCAGCAGCAGUAUCCGGACAUGGAGGUGCUGUCGGUCAGCGGCAACUACUGCACCGACAAGAAGUCCGCCGCCAUCAACUGGAUCCUGGGCCGGGGCAAGUCUGUCGUGGCCGAGGCCACCAUUCCCGCCCGGGUCGUCCGGGAGGUGCUGAAGACGAGUGCGGCCGCUCUGGUGGAGCUGAACAUCAGUAAGAACCUGGUGGGCUCGGCCAUGGCCGGCAGCAUAGGAGGCUUCAACGCUCACGCCGCCAACAUCGUGGCAGCCAUCUACAUCGCCUGUGGACAGGAUCCUGCUCAGACCGUGGGGAGUUCAAACUGUAUCACUCAGAUGGAGGCUGCUGGUCCCCAGGGGGAGGACCUGUACAUCAGCUGCACCAUGCCGUCUAUAGAGCUGGGCACGGUGGGAGGGGGCACCAACCUGCCCCCACAGCAGGCCUGUCUGCAGAUGCUCGGCGUGCUGAGUCCUCAGCAGCCCGGAGAGAACGCCCGUCAGCUCGCCCGCAUCGUCUGCGCCACCGUCCUGGCCGGGGAGAUGUCCCUCAUGGCCGCUUUGGCCGCGGGACACCUGGUCAAGAGCCACCUGACGCACAACAGAUCUAAAUCCAACCUGUCGGAGCCGACUCCCUGACUCGAGUCUCAGCGUGUUACUAACUGAUCUGGACGUAGCGCUCCGAGCUAACAGGAGGAGGAGGACGUCCCCUGAAGGGGGCGCUGUGGACGAUCAUGGCCGACGUGGCUCCGCCCACCGACCCGUGAGACGUUUCGGGGUUGUCGUUAACACUGCGUCUAAUUUGAAUUUGUGCCAUUUGUGACUGCAUCUAAACUCAUCGUCGUCGUCGUCAUCGACAUCUCUGCUGAUCUUUAAACGAACUGACUCUGUGUUUGGAUCAUGAAAGGACCUAAAAAAAAACCACACGACACAUUCACACAUUUUUACUUCAAAAGCUUCUGUUCGGCUUUAAAAACGUUCUUCCCGUCGGUACAAAUGAAUGAAGGAGCUGCUGUGUAACCGUGUAUACCGUGUAUACUGGACACUUUCUCAUGACGCUACUUGUUACAGGCGGCUUCCUGUGUUUUUUUUUUUUGUUUUUUUGAGUUAAGGAAAACUCUAAAGCCAUAUUCACUAAUUUAUUAAACUGUUCUGUGUCGAACUGUCGGGAGGAUUUCGUGGGUUCAUCCUGCAGGUUCCUCAGCCGAGGCCUUAAACCUACAGUAUGUGUUAGAGGAGCUGAGCACGGCUUCAGAUAGAAUAAUCAAUUCAUAUAUAUAUA